AUGGCAAAGCUCGAUGUGUGGGAUAGCAAUGCCACCAUGGUGACUGAGUUCACCUUGCUUGGGAUUUCUGAUGACCGCAGGACCCAGAUGGUGUUGCUUGUGGUAUUCUCUCUAUUCUACCUUGCUACACUGUUUGGUAAUAGCUUUCUCAUUGUACUGAUCAUAUUGAGCCCUCUUCUUCACACACCAAUGUACUUCUUCCUCUGCAACCUCUCCUUCUUGGACAUGUUCUACACUACCAGCAGCAUCCCACAGUUACUGGUCAACUGCUUCUUCCACCGACUCACCAUAUCCUAUAUCCAAUGCAUAACUGAGAUGUACGUCAGUCUCUUUCUUGGCAUGGCAGAAUGUUUCUUGCUGGCUGUCAUGGCGUAUGACCGCUUUGCCGCUGUGUGUAGCCCUUUGCGUUACACCAUCAUCAUGAGUUGGAAGGCAUGUAUCCAUUUGGCGGCCUCGUCUUGGGCUGGUGCCUUUUUCAUGACGCUAAUCCCCAGGCUAUUUCAACCCACUCAGUUUUGUGGACACAACAUCAUCAACCACUUCAUUUGUGAGCUGCAGGCGUUCCUCAAGCUGGCUUGCUCAGACACACGUGUGAUUGAGGCUGUGGUCAUGAUCAACAGCCUUAUUGUCCUUGUUGUGCCCUUCAGUUUCAUCUUGGUGACCUAUGGGCGCAUUGCCCAGGCUGUGAUGCGCAUGCACUCAGCCAAGGGACGAGGCAAGGCUUUUUCAACCUGUGGGUCCCAUCUGGUGGUGGUCAGCAUCUUCUAUGGAUCAGCCCUCUCCAUGUACUUGCGGCCUCAAGGCAAAACCAUCUCUGACCUUGACAAAAUUGUCUCCCUGUUUUAUGGAGCGGUGACCCCAAUGCUCAACCCUUUGAUUUACAGCUUUAGAAAUAAAGAUGUGAAAGGAGCCUUUUGGCGACUACUUGGGAAGAAAAUGAAGACUUUGCCCUCCUAA